CAGUAACAGUUUUAUUGUGAAAAUAUUCACUUGUAGCCUUUGACCGGGAGGAGAUUUUCUGAUAUUCCCUAUGAGGAGGCAGAGUGGAGAUGAACAGACAAAAAUCUCCUUUUGGAAAGCAGCUGACCAGUAGAAAUGUCGUUCAAAUGGAUGGGGUAUGAGAUGUCUUUGAGCCCUGAUACUGCUGAGCUGAAGCAGUUCUUUGCCUUCAGCAUCCGUUGACAUCCCAGGCAAAGCUUGCAAAAGCAUCUCCAGAACCUACAGUGCUCUUUGAAGUGAAUAUAAAUAUGCAGGCUCACAUCCUACAUGGGUGUUUCAUCGCCGAUCCUGGGACCACCCCCGUCCAGUCCGGUGCUGUCUGCACGCAUCCCCACCUGUAGCACCAGCGGUGGCACAUCUGGGCUGCGCACUCCAUCCCUCCCGGAGCGGAACAGCUGUCUCCAUAGCGACGUACAGCGGCGGGGGGGGCUCGGUGGUGCCGCCGCCCCGCCCCGCCGUACCGAGCCGCCGUACCGAGCCGGCGCGGCCCCGCGGAGGGCAGCGGCAGCGCGGGGCGAUGGGGAUGGGAGCGGGGCUGUGAGCGCGGCUGGAGGGCUGCCCCUUCCCCGGUACCACCGCAGCUCCACGGGAGGAGACACCGCGCGGUGCCGCCCGGCUCGGUUCGGUUCGAAUGCGGCCAUGGGCAGCCGCUUCUCCAGAAUCCCCGCGCUGCCCCGCGGAGGGCAGGGCCGGCUGCACCGCGCCCGUCAUCACCACCUCAAAGAUUCCAUAGGUGGCUCAUUCCCGGCCUCCUCCCACCGAUGUCACCACAAGCAGAAGCAUUGUCUCCCCAUCCCACAGUGUGGAGCUCUGUCCAUCACCCCUCUGCUUUUCCACCCCCACACAAAGGGGUCCCAGAUCAUCAUGGACACAACACAGAAGGCAGUGAAGCGCCAGGCUAGCUUCUGCAAUGCUAUCACCUUCAGCAACAGACCCAUUGUUAUUUACGAGCAAGUCAGGCUUAAGAUCACCAAAAAGCAGUGUUGCUGGAGCGGGGCCCUUCGACUUGGGUUUACUUCCAAGGAUCCUUCAAGGAUUAACCCCGACACCCUGCCGAAGUAUGCGUGCCCUGACUUGGUUUCCCAAAGCGGCUUCUGGGCCAAGGCUCUGCCAGAAGAAUUUGCCAAUGAGGGGAACAUCAUUGCCUUCUGGGUGGACAAGAAGGGUCGGGUUUUCUACCGUGUGAAUGACUCUGCUGCAAUGCUCUUCUUCAGCGGAGUGAGGACGGCAGAGCCUCUCUGGGCUUUGAUUGAUGUCUAUGGGCUCACCCGCGGGGUGCAGCUCCUAGACAGUGAAAUCAUUCCUCCUGACUGCCUGCGGCCCCGCUCCUUCACCGCCAUCCGCCGGCCAUCACUGCGGCGGGAGACAGAGGACACGCGCCUCUCAGUCAGCCUGUGUGACCUCAACCUGCAGGAGGAGAGCUUCCAUGUCACAGCCACAACCUGCCCCAUCCCUCAGAACUCCCUCAACUCCCAGCACUCCCACCUCCUCCCCUCCCAGCUCGAGAGCGACCUCCGCUUCCACCACCUCCGAGGAGCCCACGUCAAAAUCCUCGAUGACCAAACUGUGGCCCGCCUGGAGCAUGCCCGGGAGGAGAGGACUUUGGUUUUCACCAGCAGACCCCUUCGGAUCAACGAGACCAUUUUCGUCAAGAUUAACAAGUCCAAUGCUGCGCGCACGGGGACGCUGUCCUACGGGGUGACAUCCUGCGACCCCAGCACCCUUAGGCCUAGCGAUCUCCCCUAUAACCCUGAGUCCUUGGUUGACCGUAAGGAGUUCUGGGCUGUGUGCCGAGUCCUGGUGCCCCUCCAGAGUGGAGACAUCCUGGGAUUUAUGGUGAAUUCAGAUGGCGAGCUGCACCUGAGUCACAACGGGGCCAGCACCGGCAUGCAAGUCUGCGUGGACUCUUCACAGCCCCUCUGGAUGUUCUUUGGUUUACAUGGUGCCGUCAUGCAGAUCCGUGUGCUGGGUUCCACCAUACUGGCCGAGCGGCUGGGGCCGUCCACACCGAGCUCACCCACAUCAACACCCAAUUCCCCCACCGUCCUCUGCAGUGGUGUUUCUGACCCCAUACUAUCUACGUGUGGUUCUGGCCCACUCUGCAGCUCCAUCAGUGGCACAGCUCCCAACUCUCCCGUCAGCUUGCCUGAGUCGCCCAUCUCCCCAUCCGUCUCAGGGCCUUGGGGAGAUGAAUGUACCAUCUGCUAUGAGAACAUGGUAGACACAGUCAUUUACUCCUGUGGACACAUGUGUCUCUGCUAUUCAUGUGGGCUGAAGCUCAAGAAGAUGGCCAACGCUUGCUGUCCCAUUUGCAGACGGGCCAUCAAAGAUAUCAUCAAAACGUACCGCAGCACUUAGAGCGACAGCAGCUGCUGUGAUGGGACGAGGGAGGUGGAGAGGUGGCUGUGAAGUAUCACAGGUCUUGGUCUCUAUUCACCACCUGGGGAUUUGAAAACCAUCAUCCACCACCACUCGUGAUCCCCCACUUCCAUGGACAAGAGAUGAGACCAGCUUAGAUGCUACUCUUCUGCUCUCCAAGGGGCUGAACUCCAGUGCAUCAGGGAAAUCACUAUGGACUGCUCCCCCCUAUGGAUUUUAAACUUUCUCUCUCUAAAAAAAAACAACAAACAGCUGGAGCAUCCAUCCCUUUUCUACAUCACGCACAGAGGAGGGGAGUCUCUAAUGUUUAGCAUGGACAACAAGCGAUAAAAAGUUCAGUGCUGCACCUCUCCUUCUGGAGCCACCCUGCGUGCGAAGGAUGCCUUGGUGGAAGGGGAGAAACAAGCAGUGUGUUUUGAUAUACAACUAUCCUGAUCAUAAGAAGCCCCUCAAAAGGUAUGGUGUGAGGCAAGUGUGGACCCAGCAAGGGAGAUGCAGGGAGUACAUCUGCAGUGGAAAUGCAGGAACAACUGGGACUUUUAAAGAGUUUUAACCCUCUCUGUGUCCACCAUGGCAGCACCUCCAGGGGGCCAGCACCAUGGCCAUCCUGCUGCCUCCUUGCAGUUCCUCAUCAGAGGUGUUCAUGAUGGGUUUGGCAGCGAACACUGGACUCUCUCCCUCCCAGAAGCAUCCAGCCACCUCCUGGCACCAUCCUGCUGCAUGACGAGCAUCUCUCACACCCCACCACCACUGAGUUGCUGUGGCUUAUCCUGAAUGGUCUUCACGCAGCACAAAGAAUCCAGCAGCAUCCAUGGCCUGCAAGAGGGGAAGAUGCACCUCCCUCACCUUUCCUCCCCUCAUCAUCCAGACAGCACUUCGGAGGGAGAACAGAAAAAAAUGAAGAAAAAAAAGCAAACAAACCCAAAAAUACAAAAAAACCCAGCUCCACUGGGGAAGAAUGUAUAAACCCACAUGUCUGCGGGUCUCAUUUACUGGUAACUUUAUCACUGUGCAAAAACAGCCAGGUGGUACUUUUAGACCUUUACAGCCAGCCCGCCGGCAGGACAUGGCUGUCCUUACGUAUUAGAGGGGGGAAGAAGAAAAUAAUUAUAGCUUGAGGGGUUUGGUUUAUUUAAAUAACCCCCUUGCCCUCACUGGGAACCCCACUAUCUCUAUAGUGGGUGCCAUGAUGACCGUGGUACUGUCAUAGCUGCUGGCCUGGCCCAGGGCUGCAGGGCCUUGGGUCUUGCUCUGCUACAGCAGGUGCUCCCCAGCUGUCCUGUGGGAGCAUCCUGAUGCCUCUGGGAGGAAGAAGCAGCACUAGGCCCCGAGGGGUGGUCAGGGCUGGGAUGUGGUCUUCAUCCCAUCUUGUUGCUGCCAUGACAGGGAAUGCCAUGGAGCUGUGCUCUUCCUGCUGAGCCUUUUGCUAUCAUGGCCACCACAAGUGUGGUGGCUGAAGGUUCUGGAAAAUAUGGCCUCACCCUGAUCCCUCAAGGAAAUGAAAGGAAAUGCAAAGAGCUGGAGAGUGCUUUGUAAAGCCUUUCUCUAAAGGCACCGCCAUCACUGCAGCCUCCUGCAGGGGACUGCAGCCACCCCCAGCCUGCCUGGCGGGCACUCCGUAACUUGAACAUUGAUUUUCUGGUUACAGGGAUUUACGCCAUUUCUUUGCACAUCUCUCACGUGCACCCCUAACCCAGGGUCCCUGCUUGGACAGGGGUGGGAGGAAGCGGUCACAGCCUCCAUGCCAGGAGCACGACCAGUGUGUGGUCACAGAGCCAUCCUCCAGGACCAGCAGAGGUGGGGAAUCUGUGUCAGUGCUUAAACACACCCCAAAAUGUCAGAGGAGGAACCCAAGAGGUAGGAAUGUGUCUGUGAAUCAGUGGAUGUGGGGAAAUGUGCAAUAAGCAGCUUCCCAGGCCUUCACCACGCCAGUGGGACCGGUUCCCUCCCACAUAGGGCAAGCCAAUGGGUACACUUUAUUUUUCAAGAAUCUCCAUCCAUGGGUACCAAGUGCAGUGGUGUGAAUUCCCUUUUCACCUUUUGAAUUCAGAGUGUUUUAAUAUAUUAACUAACUAACUGUGUUUGUUUUACUGUGGACCAAAGUCUAGAAGUUAGAAGAAACUGAAAGCUCCCCCAGCAUCCGAGCUCAAAAUUUGGGGUUCAGUCCUGCUCCCAGCAUCAGCUGGCUCCAUUUGUAAACAGGGAGGAGAGCAAGGCUCUCUGCAGGGAGCAAAAACAGCAAAACCAGUAACAACAACAGUCCUAACCUUUUGUUUUGUUUGAAUUGUGUAGGCUCCCUCGUACCUCUGUGUUCUUGUGUCAUUUGCAUUUCAUUGCUUUACUUUAAGAUGUUUUGUGUUCUGUUUGAAGAGAAUAACAACUCAUUGUGAAAAAAAAAAAAUUGGAUAACUGUGAUUGUGAAUAAAGCUGAUUUAGGUAUCCUGCAGCACCGCGACCAGCUGAGUGUUUGACAUUGCCACAAGUGCAGCAAAAGGCGACAGGCAGGGCAGAAGCAAGAGGUUAAGGUAAGCAAUGGUGGAAUGAAAACUGCUCCCUUGGGGUGAGCCUUCACUGCUGAAGGAUGAGAUGGUGUAUAGAGAUGGAUGAUGAUGUUGAACAAGCCCCUGAUGGGCUUCAUAUCCACCUAAGUGAUAAAAGAAGAUGCACAAAAGUGAGGACUAAGGGUAUUCCUGCAGCUCAAAGUGAUGCUCCUGAACAUCUUCCCUGGUGCAGCAAGCUAAGUCUGAGGAUGCCUGUGCUGUAACUCCAAGCACUGUGCUCAGCUCCUGCUUUCCCAGGGACAGAAGGAUCCCUGGAGGAGGCCCCAGCAUCCCCUUAAGGUGGGAGCUGCACAACAGACUGCUCUAGGAACUGGGAACACUGGCUUUGCCACGCAGCCCCUGCCAGAUGCACUGAGCCCAAGCACUGCUACAUCUUAGGACAAGCGAGCGAAACCCAAACCUUCUCCUUCCCCAGUGUCAGCGAGAGUAACCAAGGCAGGUAUGUACUCUGCCGGCCUUGGCCCACGGCCCGCGCUGGGGAGGGAUGAAGAAGAGGGGAGGGAUGUUCCAAAUUGGUCCAGGAGGGCAGAGCCGGUCCUCCAUCGCCACCUGGUGCUUCUGCUCCGGCACGGCACGCACCGCCUCCAGCGGGCUGCAGUACCAUUAUUUAUCAAACACACACGUCUGGAUGCAGGGUAGCUCUGAUGGUGGAGCGUGGAGAGAAAGAGAACAGUUAACAGUGUGUUAAUAACACGCAUGGGUGUACAUCAGUAAUAUGUUGAUUGUAUGCUAGAAAAAAAACGAACCCUUUCAACCCUAAGGUUGACAACACACAUGGGAAGAAAAGACAGUUCCCUGGUACACUCCUCACAAAGGUUUGUGCCUAGAAGUGCCCAGGACUGUGUGCAGCCUCAUUCCUAAUUUCUUAUAGCCUUCAGAGAGCUGGGAUGGCUCAGUAGGAGCCUUUGGCAACCACUUACCUAUGUGACAUGGUGAGCAAACACUGUGCCUCUGCUGAGAGCUGCUCCAUCUCCAGUGACAUCAUGUCAUAGAAUCCUAGAACUGGUGGAGUUGGAAGGGAUACAUGAAGGCCAGAGGGACAUCUAUAGCACCAUCAGGUGCUCAAAGAGAGAAUGUCUCCAAGGACAGGGUAUCCCCUCCCUCUCUGGGCAACCUGUGCCAGUGACCCACCACUCUUACUGUAAGAAAGCUCUUGAGUUUCACCUAUGCAUCUGCUACAUGUAGCAGGAAACUUCUGCCUGUUAUCUGGGGCUUCCAGCCUUUAAAGCCAGCAAGGUGUCAACACAACUUGGCAACCUUGCAGUGCUCAGACCUUACAAUGCCAUGGUCAUGCUCUGCAGAGUACCAUGCAGGGGCGAUAUGAACUCAUCCCAAAAUGUUCAGCAACCCUUUUUGUGAUAAAAGGGCCACCCAUGCAAAAGAACGCUUCUCUUCUUGUUUUGGGUCCGACACCACAUCACUCUCCCAAAAGAAUACACUGAAACGUGUGUUAAGCCUUAAGACCAUGCUCAACACAGACAGCGGCUCUUUGUGUUUGAGGACAGAGGUGAGCAGCCCAUAAAGCUUUACAAAAUACAACUACAGCAGCAAUUCAGAGCCGGAGGACAAAUGGAGCUCCUUUAUCCAUUUAAGCCUGAGCUGAAAUAUGCAAUUUCACGCACAUCCAAGUCAUAAGUUCCUCUGGGAGUAGAAAAAAUACAGUAUCAAAAGGUUGAAAAUAAAAUAAACCAACCGGAUCACAAUUAAAAAUGUCCAAAAUUUAUUUUUCCUUAGGGCAUAAGAGACAAUGUAAACAAAAUACAACAUUAAAAAAAAAAAUAAUAAUCACAAGUCAAUUCUUACAGUCUGCAAACAUUUGAAGAUAGAGUACCCUUCCCACCUCCCCCCAGAACACUGCAAGCCUGCUCAAAUGUUAACAAGCAACCGUGCUGGACCCUGAAGGUCCAGUGAGUUUUGCCAAGUCCCAAGCUGGGAAUAAAUCUCUCAUGUAAGGACACUGCAUCUGUUUUAUCAAACAUUAAAAAAAAAAAAAAA